AUGCCCAACUAUGUGAAUUUUUUGAAAGAUAUUUUGACUAAAAAGAGGAGGCUUGGUGAAUUUGAAACAGUGGCAUUGAGUGAAGGUUGUAGCGCUAUAUUGAAGAGUAAAAUUCCUCCUAAAUUGAAGGAUCCAGGCAGCUUCACAAUUCCUUGUUUUAUUGGUGGUAGAGAUAUUGGUAGAGCACUUUGUGACUUGGGGGCUAGUAUCAAUUUGAUGCCCAUGUCAAUUUUCAAGAAGUUGGGGAUUGGCGAAGCAAGACUAACCACAGUCACUUUGCAGUUAGCAGAUCGUUCUAUGGCACACCCGGAAGGAAAAAUUGAAGAUGUACUUGUGCAAGUUGAUAAAUUCAUUUUUCCGGCCAAUUUCAUCAUCCUUGAUUAUGAAGCGGAUAGAGAUGUUCCUAUUAUCUUGGGUAGGCCAUUUCUAGCUACCAGGAGGACCUUGAUUAAUGUACAAAAAGGGGAGCUUACUAUGAGGGUGAAUGACCAACAAGUGACUUUCAACGUGUUCAAUGCUAUGAAGUUUCUGGAUGAGGUUGAAGAAUGCUCUAGGCUAAGUGUAAUUAAGUCUAUUGUCGCUGAAAAAUUCCAGAAGGAAGCUUGUAAAGAUGGAGUGGGGGUGAGGAGGCCUUUUGAGUCAUUGAACUUGUCGGAAAGGAAUUUUAAGCCUCCUAAGCCUUCUAUUCAAGAGCCACCAAAAUUAGAGUUGAAGCCUUUGCCUAGUCACUUGAAGUAUGCUUAUUUGAGAGAUAAUGAGACCUUGCCUGUGAUUAUUUCAGCCAUGUUAGGAGCUGAAAAAGAGAGUUUGUUGCUGGCUGUUUUGAAGAAAUACACAAGGGCCAUUGGUUGGACUAUGGCAGAUAUCAAGGGGAUAAGUCCCUCAUUUUGUAUGCAUAAAAUUAUGUUGGAGGAUUGCUGUAAUAAUUCUGUUGAGCAGCAGCGAAGGCUUAAUCUUAUCAUGAAGGAAGUGGUCAGAAUAGAGAUAAUUAAGUGGCUUGAUUAUGGAAUUGUUUACCCAAUUUCAGAUAGUUCUUGGGUCAGCCCAAUUCAGUGUGUUCCUAAAAAAGGUGGAGUCACAGUGGUGGCUAAUCAAAAUAAUGAGUUGAUUCCCACAAGACAAGUGACGGGGUGGCGUGUUUGUAUGGACUAUCGGAAGUUGAAUAAGGCUACUCGUAAAGACCACUUCCCGCUGCCAUUCAUUGACCAAAUGCUUGAUCGGUUGGCUGGAAAAGAGUUUUAUUGUUUCCUCAUUGGGUAUUCAGGCUAUAAUCAAAUUUCUAUCGCGCCGGAAGACCAAGAGAAGACUACCUUUACUUGUCCUUAUGGCACCUUUGCCUUUAGAAGGAUGCCUUUUGGGCUGUGCAACGCCCCUGCCACUUUCCAACGUUGUAUGAUGGCAAUAUUCUCAGAUAUGGUGGAGAAGUCUCUUAAAGUCUUCAUGGAUGAUUUUUCAGUAUUUGGGGAGUCUUUUGACACUUGUUUGGAUAACUUGGAGCAAGUCUUGGCUAGAUGUGAAGAAACAAACUUGACAUUAGCCGAUGCCCAAUUGAACUAUACUACCACCGAGAAAGAGCUUUUGGUGGUGGUGUUUGCUUUUGACAAGUUUAGAGCUUAUCUUGUGGGCACUAAAGUGGUAGUUUAUACAAACCAUUCAACGAUCAAGUAUCUAAUUGCCAAAAAGGAUGCUAAGCCACGACUUAUUCAAUGGGUGUUGCUUCUUCAAGAAUUUGACUUGGAAAUUCGGGAUAGAAAAGGAACGGAGAACCAAGUGGCUGACCACUUAUCUAGACUUGAAGCUGGAAGUGAAAAGCAAAAUGAAGGGCCUAUUAAAGAGAAAUUCCCAAUGAGCAAUUGUUGGUUGUGA